AUGGAGAUCUUCGAUUUGACCCAGGACGACUCGCCUGAUGAGCCGGUCCAGUCAGAAGAUGAGGAGAUGGCAUGGGCCAUCAACAUGGUGAUGGAGGUGCAGAACAAUGCACUUGAGGAGGAAGAGGUCUUCUAUGACUGCCACAGUGGAGAUGAGGAUGAGCCGCCAAGUACUUCAUCGUUGGAGGAGACAGGGAGCCACGAUGCACGAGCCCAAUGUGAGGACACGGAGUUGGACAUGUUCAGAGUGUGCAUGGUGAAAAGUGUGGCGCCUACAGUCAUUAUGACCCUCGACUCUGGAGCAGAUGUUUCUGUUGCACCUGAGGAGUACAACCAGAUGGGUCAACCAGGACAGCAACGGUCAGUUCAGAUGGUCGAUGCGCAAGGAGAGGCCAUCAAAAGUGCUGGGAACCGCAGGUUGAGACUUCAGGCCCACACUCGAAGUGGAGAAAUGGUGGAAUUCGUGGAGCAGUUUGCGUUGGGAGUCGGAGUGACACAUCCAUUGCUAAGCUUUGGUCGACUCCUGAGGCAAGGAUGGGUGCUGUCGCGUGAUCAACAAGGUCUAUGUUUGGAGCACCCUGAGAAGAAGAUGCAGAUCCCGGCCAGACUCGAAAGGAACUCUCUGGUCAUGGAUGCGAAGGUCUGUGCAAUUCGAGCUGAAGAAGAUGUGGACGAAGAGCAGAAGAAGGAGAUUGAGGCCAUGGCAGCAAACGACAGAGCCCAAGCCAUGAACGAAAGUGAAGAAAGAAAGGAGGAGAAGAAGAUUCCCGAGGAGGCGGAAGCAGAUCGAGGAGUGAAGAGAAGUGUUGAGGAGCAGAUAGAGUUGGAGAAAGUAGCCAAGGAGGAAGACGAGACCUUGGCAGUGGCAGUGAUGAAGGAGCUCUCCGAGCAGGUGGUGACGGAUGAUGAUGUUCACGUGGAAGAGAACCCCAUGAAGAAGUCAAGACUAAAGGAGAAUGAAGACAUCCCACAACGUUCACCUGGCUACACCACUGAGGAGUCAGGAGGCGAGAUCAUGGUUGAAGGAAGCAGCAGUGAGGAUGGAAGAGUGCAGGAGAAGAUGGCUCGAUGGGAGAAGUGGCGACUGAAGAAGAUUGAGGUCAAAAGCGAGCCAAUGGAGUUGACAGAUAGCCCAAUGGAGGAAUUGAUGGAGGCCGGACAACACGUGUUCCCUGUUCGAGGAGAAGGGCAUUCACUGCAGGGCUUCAUUUCAAGAGAGCUAGGCCUACUGGAGAAGGUGCCCGGAUGGCAUGCUUUGCCAAAUGGGAUAGUGGUGCACUCGAGUCCACAAGCCACCCACUUCCUUGACCCAAGCAUGUCCUUUGGUCCUGAAUGGUGUGGACGCAUGACACUCGUGAAGAAGAAGGACAAUUCAGGUGCUUGGGAGCAGAUCGAAAGCCUAGCUGCAUAUAGGGACACACCAUUGCCUUUUCGAGCCCUACCGGCAGGUCCAAGGUCAGCUUUGACGUUUGUGGCCCCAGGACUGAUUCGGGACUACUUCGUGUUGAACUCAGAGGUCCCAGUGAGCCAGUAUCCACUAUUGAGUGGAGAGCCAUCAUCCUGGCCCGAUGACGAAAGGGAUGAAGAAGGAGGAGAAUUUCCUAUGCUGGCAGCAGGCAGUGGAGGACGGGCAGAGAUCCUGGAAGAUGUGGAGUUCGUGGAUCCUGACGAGCUGAGAGUGCAGAUCGAUGAAACAUGGUUUGACAAGGAGACAAAGUUGAAAGAUCUUCAGGAGAUCUGCAAGCAGCUCGGAUUGGCCACAUCAGGGUCCAAGACUAAAGUCCUGAGGAGGUUGCAGCGAUUUAAGCAUCAACAGGAGGAGAAGAUGGCAUAUGAAGUUGCACAAAGACUGUUCGCUGAAAGCAGAAGAGAAGCCAUCCCUCUGAAGACACCAAAGUUGCCCUCUCGACAUGAACAAGAAUUGCGCCAGUUGACACAUCUCCCAUUUCAGCCGUGGUGUCAGCAAUGCGUGGCAACAAGAUCGAAAGAGGACCCACGAAUGAAGGAAGAUCAAAGUGACAGGAAAGACAGAGGCCGACCGGUGAUUAGUUUUGACUGUGGGUUCACUUACACGGCCGAUGCGCCAGAAGAGAAGCAAUGGGGCACUGCCUUGUACGUGGCUGAAUCAGAGUCCAAAGCCACGUUGUGCAUUCCCGUACAGGCAAAAGGAAGUGCAUCUUUGAAGCAGGCAGCUGAAGAAGCCACAGGUCCAAAGGAGGCACAUCAGAAGGUUCAAGCCGAGGAGAUAGAGGUCUCAAAGCGAAAGAUGGCAAGGUUGCCAAUCCCAGAAGCAAUGCGAGGUGAACCUGCAAGAAACUUCAUGCCAGAAGCAUUGGAGUCUGAAGCAAGCCCAAAGAAGCAGAGGCCAGACAAGCAACACAUCAAGGAACUGGCCAAACUCACCAAUGUGGAGCACCGGAAGCAUCGAACGACCCCUGGUGAUGGAACCUUCAAUCGACUGAGCAAAGAUGAUGAGCCCAUGAAGUAUGAGGACAUCACCAAGUAUCGAAGUUGUGUGGGAAAGCUGCUCUACAUCUCCCCUGAUCGUCCUGACGUCCAGUAUGUUGCCCAGGGCUUAGCUGGUUUCAUGCAACAGCCAACAAAGAAGAGCUGGCAAGCCAUGCAACACGUGAGUUCGUAUCUCCUGGGGACUAUGGACGAAGGACUGUUGUUCGAGCACGGUCCCGAGCACGGACCCAGAGGAAGAAGCAUGCUAAAUGAUGAUGACAACAUCUAUGAAUGGGAUCUCAAUGAAGAGAAGAAGAGCAUGCCGGAGGUGGUGUGUGACGCCGACCAUGCAGGCCAGCGAGACACAAGGAAGAGUGUCAGUUCAGUCCAGAUCUACCUGGAUGGGUGCUUGCUGGAGAGCUGUGUGAGAAGUCAAAGAGUCAUUGCACUCUCGUCAGGAGAAAGCGAGUAUGUGGCCAUGGUCGGUGGAUGCAGUGAAGGACUCUUUCUGAAGCACUGCUGGAAGUUCUUGACCAACGAAGACCUGGACAUGAUUUGCCGCAGUGAUUCAUCAGCGGCUCGGGCUCUUGCAGGUCGAGUUGGAGUGGGGCGUACACGCCACAUUGCAGCUGGUUUGUUGUGGCUUCAACAGAAAGUGGUUGCAAAGGAGUUGAGGAUUACAGGCAUCCCCACAGCCGUCAACACCAGCGACAUUGGAACCAAGGUUUUGAGCAGGGCAAGAAUGAGUGGCCUGAAAUUCUUGAUCAAGAUGGUCGACAUGGAUGACGAAAAGAUUGGGAAGCAGCAAUAUGAAGAGAUAAAGGCCAAGGAGCAGCUGAAGAAGAACACAGGAAAGAUGGCAAAGAUGAUGGGUGCAAAUGCUAAGGUGGCCCUGGUGAUCGCUUUGUCAUUGCUACAAGGAGGCUUGGUGGAUUCGGCCAUUGAUCACCAUGAUCUGUUUGGCAAGCAUUGGGGCCUUGAGCCUGGCACGAAUGGCCAUUGGGGCCAUGAGUUCGUCUUCCAUGAAGAGCCCAUCGAGGAGAAUGAGAAUGAAGGAGCUGUGAAUGUGGUCGCAAGACCGCUUGUGAGAAAUGAGGCAAACACAGAUGAGGUUCAAAGGGCACACCUUUGGCAAAAUGAAGAUGAAGAAAAAGUCAACAUGCAGUGGCAAAUCGUUCGUUUGGAAGUAGCCAUUGCUGAGCAUGAGGAGAAGCUGACAGAUGCCCGACGAGAUCGAGAUCUACAAGCAAGAGAAGUGGUGCGCAUGUACAACAUGUGCUCUGAGCUACGCUUCGAGCUGGAGAAUGUGAAGGAAGAAAGAGAUGAAGCCAAAAGAAAGGCCAUCAGGUUGGCCGGAACAGAUGAUGAGAAAGCAAUGGAGAUGGAGAGAAUGGCAGAAGACACUGCCAAGGCUUGGGAAGUGGCCGAGCUGUGGAAGAAGAGAUCAAAAGAAACCGAGAACGAAGCAAAGCAGCAGAUGACUGA